AUGGCACCCUCCCUGGCCACAGCCUUCUCCAGGCGCUGGUGGAUGGCUGUGACUGCGGUCAUAGAGAACCUGCUGUUCUCUGCUGUGCUGCUGGGCUGGGGCUCCCUGCUCAUCAUGCUCAAGUCUGAAGGCUUCUACUCCUACCUCUGCAGAGAACCUGGUAAGGCUGUGUAGCAUGAUGCACUACAAUACCCAUAACGCUCUGUGUUACAUAUCCUGUUUUGUCAAUAUAGGGGAUUGAGAAAUGAAGACAAUUGGUUGGAUUUAUACAGUAUAACACUAUUCCAGGUGCUCAAAGAUAUUUUACGUUGUAGACCAUUUUUAUUACAAUGAAUAGGAAACCCCAAAAAGGGAAUACCUUUAUUAGAUGUGUUAUACGUAUGAGAAUGAUGGAAGGUUUUUGUUGCUUCAGUAUAUGCUUGGUUUAUGUUGCUUUAAAUGCUUGUUUCAUUGUGACAUUUAGCAACAUUUGUUUUAAUAGCAUUUUUUUCUGUAUGUAGUAUUACUGUCUCACUCAGCAAGUGAGGCACGUGAAUGGGUAUCACUUGGGCUUUGAAGGUCUGACAAAGAUUGAGUGUAUUUUAAGCAAUCCUACUUAUUAUGCUUAUUUAAUUCAGCAACAAAAGGUGUUUCUAUUUCACUACUGUGAGACAAAGAUGACUUUAUGUGUCUGUGUAGCUUUAAUUCAAUCACUUUUGUUGGAAUGGUCCAACACUUAAAUAGUGCUCUUUAGAACAAUACUGUAAAUUCUUUCAAUGGGGGUUACAAUAGAAUGGUGUGAUAGAAUGUUCAGAUUAACUGGAUAUUCUGUGGGCGAGGAUGGGAUGAAGGGGUGGGGGUUUCUAAUCCAAUCACAUUGAGCAGAGGAAUUGAAUGAGUUUCCCCUUACGUUUGACAUGAUCAGUUCCUCCUGAGGGUCUUUGUCUGCUUAAAUGCAAACGAAACCAGGGCCAUAUUCACAAAGUGUCACAGAGUAGGAGUGCUGAUAUAGGAUCCGUUUCUCCUUUUCGAUCAUGAAUAAGAUUACAUAGACAGUGGGGACCUGAUCCUAGAUCAGCACUUCUACUCUGAAACGCUUUAUGAAUACAGGCCCAGAACAACUGCUGCAGAUAAUGACCUAAUUGGGGUUUUUGUACAGAUUUAUUGAUGAUGUUGCCAUAAAGGAGAGUCUUUAAAAGAAAUCCACCUAUACAGCCUGGCUAGUCUUGAAAGUUUGCGAGAGGGAUUUAUUAGAUCAUUGGCCAAGACACUUGCGUUGUUUCCAGCCCCGCCGAAGUUGAGCUUUGAGAAAAAAUAACACAUCAAUAGCAGUCAGCCUGUUUAACAAGCCUCUAAUGCGGCUAUGAUUCAGAGCUCUCUCUCUAUCAUGGGGAUUUGAUGAUUCCACUAAAUCAUCCACAUCACAGAGAUGAUGGAUGAAACCAGGGGGUGGUGGGCAUGGGAUCUGGGAUGAAAGCACCAGGUACAUUUCUGUGUGCUCAUAAGGGCGUCUUUUGUUUUAUUGGUUUAUUUGCAUCCAAAUGCUACAGCGAACCAGUGACUUGGAUCCCCCCCCCCCCCCCCCCCCCCCUCUCUCUCUCUCUCUCUUUCUCUCUCUCUCCCUUUCUCUCUCUUUUUCUCUAUCUCGCUCUUUCGUUCGCUCUCUCUGUUCCCAUAGUCUAUGAAUCAUCUGUCCUCCUUUCAUCUUUCAAACACACAGACACUUAGGGAGGCAGUGGGCAUUAGAGAGAGGGAGGGAGAGAGAGAGGGAGAGAGAGAGAAAGAGAAAUAUGUGUCUUCACUGAGACCUUGAGAUGAUAGGACAAAUAAAGCACAUCAUCAUUAUGUAGGUCGUAACGUAAUAUCUUCAGAACAUGGCCUGUGAUGGACUAGAUCAUAUAAUAAUAUUGAUAGAGCAUGGCUUGUGAUUGACUCAAGAGUCCUCUGAUCAUCUGCCACAGUGAUUUCUAUUUGCCAGGCAGCAUUUAACAUGUCAAUAGGCCUUUUCAUUUAUGCAGAUCAGGUCAGUCUCGACACUCUUUCAUCCUUGCCUUCUCUUAUGUUUCAAAAGAUGAAUGCAUUCAAAGGGCAUCUGUCAAACAGAUUGCUGAGAGUCCUUUAUGUGUUUGGUGUCAUGGUGACUUUUGUCCCCAUAUCGUUGUUUCGAUUUAAAGGAUCUGAGAUUGGACUGUGUGACACUGUGGGCCACCUCUGUUUUGGUUCCUCACCUAUCUGCUAAUGGAAAAGUUUGUGGUUAGGCUGACAUUGUGAAGUGUGAGGCUCACAUUCCUCCCACAUGGAACAUCGUUGACUCCCAGUCCCUUCACCUCUCUCUCUCCGGCAGCUCUUGUGUUUCAUUACAUAAACUAGACUGUCAUCAUUCCCACAUUACAUUUAUCUUGGUAGAGUCUGUUAGUUUAACACUGUAAGGUGUGUACUGUUGACGUAGUUUGAUUUACACUCAGUUUAGCUAAGGCAUGUUUCACUGACAACAUGGACAGAACAUAUUGUACAGGAAAUAUCAAGCCUCUUGUUUUUAUUGUUAGUAUGAAGCAUCCAGUGCCAGUACUAUUACAACUACCAACAAAUAGAAUAUAAUAACUUUUUUUUCUCUAAUGGAACUUGGAAAAGCACGUUUCAUAACUCUUUUAUCAUCAUGUAUGGUGUCCCUGUCUUAGACCCCCUUCCCCCUCCCCCUCCUUUGCUUUAAGGUCAAGUAUAUGGCAGGGGUACAUAGUUGGAAUGUCUGUGUCAGUAUGGGCCCUAUGAGCCCUGGGGCAUCUCAUGUCGCUAGCUACUAGCAGGGAACAUGAGAGGCCCUAGGGCCAGUGUGGAAUGAGUGGAAGUGUGGAAUGAGUGUUGUUUCAGCAGAGACUUGAGAGAGCAGUGCGGACUCCCCGCUCACCCCUCACCUCACCCACCCUGUGACCCCAACCACCUCCCUGACAGAACUCAGCCUUACCGGCUUCCUUAAACUAGUCUGGUCACAGAUCUGUUUGUGCUGUCUUGACAACUUUUGUUUGGCUUGACCAUAGGAGUUGCCAAGACAGCACAAACAGACCUUGAGCAAGGUACUUAACCCUAAUUUGCUCCAGGGGCUACUAUGGCUGACCCUGUAAAAAUCACAUUUCACUGCACCUAUCCGGUGUAUGUGACAAUAAAACAUCAUAUUUUUAUUUUUAUCUGACACCAGGCUAGCUUCCUUCCAGCUCUUAUCAGCCGACUAUUUUAAUCAGUGUUGUGUCAGUGUUAUUAGUGCUCAGUAACAGUGGGAUGUUUGCGGUGUUAGGGAGGACAGGGAGGACAUUAUCUGGAGCUGAUUAAUAUUCUGUCUGCUCACUGCUUUGAAAUAGAUAGUGCUUUAAGGGCUGAUGAUGAUGGAAAAUACUGUCAGUUGGUUAUCUCUGGUGAGUCAAUGCGAGGAAAUGCAGACAUUCUACGCCUAUGGCAACCAUUUUCUAGCAACAAAGCUAGUCCGCUGGAUUCUAUCAGUCAUUUACAUUUAUCACUGAUAAGUGAUAGGGUCAGACGCAUUGAGAUUGAUACAGCAUCUAUGGGCAGAUAGAUUGAUUGAUUAGUUGAAGAUUGAUUAGUUGAUUAUUACACAAAGCAAUGUUUUUUUUGGACACGAGGAAGAAACACAUCCAUUUCCCAUUGAUGGAUGAUCAGGUUAAAGAUGACAAAUAUCACAUUAUGUUCUUAUUAUGUUGGUCAUGUAAUAAUCUUGUUAGCGCAUGGUCUUAGAGUCUGAAUGUUCUUAUUCUGACUCUAAAUUACAAGGAAGAAAGCUGCAGGCACAUACCUGAAAAGCAGGGCCCUAGCUAGAUAAAUGAUUUUAUUUGAAUAUUAUAGGUUAGGUGAAAUGUAGUAUCAUAGCAAUAAUGUCAGACUAAUUUUUAGUUCAUAUGAUUUCAAUGGAACUGGAUGUUCUGCGAGUCAUUAGAAUCACGCUGUAAAACCUCAGAACUGAGAAGUGAACAGUGUUUUGUUUGAAGGCGUUGUAAGGUCAGUGUUUGUGCUCUGCAAGGCUCAGGGCGCUUCCCUUAUUGACUCAGCAGCAGCAGCACAGCCUCACAUUGUCUGGAUUACUCAGCAGUAAGACCCCACAGCCAGGCAGGCCCAGCUGCCAUUGGCCUUCUGCUAACCUAUAUGUUAACUACCAUCUACCAUGACCUUUAACCUACAGAUUAUAUAAUACAGUCAUGUCUACUCCCAGACUCACUCUCAAGAAAACAACAACCUGCUUUUCAAGACUGCUUGAAAAACACCUUGUGUUACCAAAGGUUUUUGGAGAGAAACGUCACGUCACCUGAGAAUAACACUGAAAAAAAAAAACAGUUUGUCUCGCAGCCUAUCCUCCCCUAGGCCCUUACUCAAUGCCUUACUAGCUCCCCUAGGAUACUCAACUUUUUUUAUGAGACUUGUCACUGUCAAGGCUGUCAUCAUACUCUUUAAUUUUUUAUAUUUUGUGGGUGUUGGCUACAGUUAUUUUUCUCUCCUCAACAACAACAGCAAUCUGUCUCAUAACCAAGGCACUGGUGUCCAGUCCUUAUAACAAACAGUGUUAUGAAGUAUGAAAUAAAUAACUGAUGAUAUGAGCGCUCUGUCUCUAUCCUCUUGGGGAUUCACUUUGGGAAUGUUUGGGGGUGCUAAGGGGUUGGUUUGCCAUGGAGCUGCCUUGAUUUGGGGGUUCAGAGUAGACCCAGUUCCUUCCAGCUAUUUCUGCAGCUUGUUGAUCCCAGCAGUUUGGUUACAGUAUCUUUCACUGAGCUUUUUCUGUUUACCUGGCCUGUCCAUGGCUCACACUGUCUCAGGAAAGAGACACACAAGACACAAAUGAAACACAAAUAUAGAUGUACUGUUGAGAUGGAUGACUUUUCAAGAUGUUUCCUCUGAAAUCAAUGGCCUCAAGUGAGGGAGGACGUUUCUUAGAACACUUGCGCAAGAUAUCUUGCAAUCCAACCCCAAACAAACCUAUAUUGUAUCUGCACUCUCAGAAGCUUUUCAUUUUUCAGAUGGUCCAUGAUGUACUGCCAACAGGCACAUUCUAUCUAAUCAAACUAGAAUGUAAAGUUUCGGAAGAAACUUUAGUGUGAUUGUUUCAUCUAUGGGUCUUUUGAUGAAAUUAGCAUGACUGUCAUUUCCAAUCCCGUCUUUUUGACAUUUUAGUCAUUUAGCAGACGCUCUUUUCCAGAGCGACUUACAAUUAGUGAGUGCAUACAUUUUUCAUACUGGCCCCCCGUCUUGAUAGUCUGAUCAUACUUAAUUUCUCUACCAAAACAUCAGGAAUCCCUUUUGAAUGUAUGUUUUUAUAUCUUCUAUGUAUGAUGCUAAAUCUAUUUCCCUCUGGGACCAUAAAGUUGAAUUUGAAGGUUCCAUAAAGUUAUUUUGUGCCUCCAGGUAACAGCACCAGUCAGAACCAGUCUGAGCCAAUCCUGGUUGGGGAUGAGAAGGGGAUCACCCAGAGCCCCAUGGUGGAGGAGGACUACCUCAAGAUGAACGGCUGGCCCAUCUGUAAGGACCAGGAUGAGAUGCUGAACUUGGCCUUCACUGUGGGCUCUUUCCUCCUCAGUGCCAUCACCCUGCCCCUAGGCAUUGUCAUGGACAAGUAUGGCCCCCGCAAGCUCCGGCUGCUCGGCAGGUAAGAGAACAGAGACAAGGUAGUAAUGUACAGUUGUGGGCACUAUAAUUUAAGCUGAGGUGUUGGGGUGAUAGUCUCUGUACCCGGGUUUGAGUCCCGGAAGUGGCUAUACCCCAAAUUCACUAUAUUGGUGUCAGAAGUGGGAUGACAGAAUAAUUGCCGCAAUGCACAUGCAAACAUGGCGCUCUAAAGUGUUAUUGAGAUUGUCACAAAAACCUAUACCUCGGUACAGCGUUUAAUAAUUUUUAGUACCCACAACUUCCUGCUGCAUAUGUUUUUAUGUUCUAUUUCUGACUUGGCUUGGGUGUGUCUUAGUAUGAAUAAACCUUCCUCAUAUUCAACCUGUUCUCUGUUAUUUCAGUACCUGCUUUGCCUUCUCCUGUAUCCUGAUCGCUUAUGGAUCGAGCGACCCCAAGAGUAUGUAUAUUUCUUUAUUCUUUCUUUAUUUACUCAUGUUCUAUUCUAGAAUGUAUGUCAGUUCCAUCCCGUCUGCUUAACACAUGUGUUUUCCCUGCACAGAUCUGUCCAUCCUCAUAUUCUUUGCUCUGGCACUGAACGGGUUCGGAGGCAUGUGCAUGACCUUUACUUCUCUCACGGUAAGUGGUGUUUUCUCCUGUACUGCAGGGAGAGGGUGGGGAGGGGAGAGAGGGGAGUGAGCAGAGAGAGGUGGGGAUGGGGACAGUGGUGAGGAGGGGGGAGAGCGCUAAGGUGCAGGGUGGAGUAGGGAGACAGGGGAGCAGAGAGAGCAGUGGGGAGAGAGAGGUGGAGAGCGGAGUGGAGAGGGGAGCGAAGAGAGAGGGGUGGGCGGGUGGGACAUGUCAUAAACCGGAUGGAGAAAUGGGGAAAGUGCUGCAUCACAGGGAGGCCACGUGCAGAGGGAAAAGGAGAGGGAUGGAGAGGUAAAGUAAAAAAGAAGGAGGGACAGACCCUGCGCUAGAAAUCUAUUAUUCAACCGUGCUCUGGUCCAACUGAGAGCCAAAAAAAGACACCUCUUCAUUACUUAUUCAUGAUCCUGACGAGGGCCCUUUGAUUGGGCGGCCCAGACUGCUAGACUAGAUGUUCUGAUUCAUCUUGCCUUAGGUACGGCAGGGUUUCACUGACACAAUGGUGUUUACAGAUAACGUGAUUUCAUUGUUUCAUUGUUUAUCUGCAUAGAUACAGUUGGUAUUACUUUGUUGUCACCCCCCCCCCCCACCGCACUGUAUGCUGAGCUGACAAACAGGAAGUAUGAAGUCAGUCACACUUAGCGCUGCUGGGGUUCCUUCAACCCCUCCCUGGCAGUUUCCUGCUCCCUGGCCUCCCCACCACCCCCCACUGCAGGGGCUCAGAGGGGCUCUAUCUGUCUGUCUGUCUGGCACACUCACACACUACCACGACACCCAGAAGCUGCCCAGCCGGUUUCUUCUGCCCCCCACUUCCACUUCCAUACUGUCGUGUUGUUUUAAUUUUCUCUGGUUUCAUUCAUUCCCCACGCAAGAAUAUCUCAGCCUGUCCUGCUAUAGCCGUUUAGUUCCCUCACGUGUGUGUGCGCGUGUGUGUGUGUGUGUGUGUGUGUGUGUGCGUGCGUGUGUGUGUGUGUGCGUGCCAAGGAACUGGCCUUUGGUGUUGUUUCAGCUGUUCUGUUGCAGUAACCUCGCUCUUGUAAUUCCUUGCUCUGACUAACAGUGUGUUUUACACUGCUGGUCUGGGUUCAUGUUGUUUUGUACAGCCGGACCUUUUUCUUCGAAACUUUCUUCUUCUCCACUCUCCUCCCGGGCGUGGGGGUCAAAGGUUGUCACAGAGGAUUGUUUUAGUUUUUUUUAUUCAAAUGUACCCUUUUUUUUUUUUUUUUCCCACAAAAGCCGAAAUGGAUACAUUCAAUCAGUCUGAACUCAUUGAGUUUGUCCCCCACAGACAGUUGAUAUGAUAUUAUGUUAAGGUUUAUUCUGAGUUUCAAAGUCAUCUGGAUUGUAGAUUUACACAAAAGGAAAGGUAUGCAACACGAUACCCCUACUCCAUCACCUUUUCUUUCUUUCUAUGUGUUCUCUUCUUCCUGGUUCUUCUAAUUUGCUGAAAGGGGGUGGUUUGGAAGCUUGCCCCCUCCUUCCCUCCCUCUCACUCCUUCCCUCUCUCUAUGAUUGCACACUCAGCACUCUGUGUCCCAGGCAGUACAGCUGCAGUAAACAAGUGGAAGAGAACCCAAGGCGGUAGAGGAGAGCUCUUCUACACACCUCUGUUUUCUAUCAGUAAACUGCCUAGUCUAUCUCUGUCUGGCCGCAGCCCUUCUCCAGUUACCAGCAGCAGGCUGUCUGUCUCUCUCCCUCCCUCCCUCCCUCCCUCCCUCCCUCCCUCCCUCCCUCCCUCCCUCCCUCCCUCCCUCCCUCCCUCCCUCUCUCUUCUCUUUAAUAGCUUUGACCUCAAUCUCUCCCUCAGUCAGCCAUAGUAAUAGUAAUCACCACUGUGGAUAUCUCUCCUAACCUUCCUCUAUCUAUCUCUUUCUCAACCAGACCCCACUCCCCAGCCCCUCUCUCCGCACUCCUCCAACACAUGCACACACACGCACAUACAUAUAGACACAGAGCUCCUCCUCUUGUACAUUGCGGCACUUGUUAUGAUUAUUCUAUUAUCUCUGAGUCAUGUUUUGCUGUUUUGCAUGAAACACUAAUCCUUUCUAGGACUUAUUCAUUGGUCCCAAUCCCUCUCUGGGAUCUGUGUCACUAGGUCCUUGGGGGGAAUUAAGUUAAAAAGAAGAUAAACCUAGAUGAUUAUUUACCUCUUCCUGGGACUUGGAAAGAGAACGAUGGAGAGGGAUAGAGAGAUGAAUGUCAAAGGUGAAGUGAACUAAUGAUAGUCUUGUCCCAGAUCUGUUUGUGCUAGUCCCAGAUCUGUUUGUGCUAGUCCCAGAUCUGUUUGUGCUAGUCCCAGAUCUGUUUGUGCUAGUCCCAGAUCUGUUUGUGCUAGUCCCAGAUCUAUUUGUGCUAGUCCCAGAUCUGUUUGUGCUAGUCCCAGAUCUGUUUGUGCUAGUCCCAGAUCUGUUUGUGCUAGUCCCAGAUCUGUUUGUGCUAGUCCCAGAUCUGUUUGUGCUAGUCCCAGAUCUGUAUUAUGUUGUUCUCUUGCCAGGAAAGUACAAACAGAUCUGGGACCAGGCUAGACUAAUGAUAGUUCCUCUCUACUCAGACAGGGUCACCACCACGAACACCGACCCCCCUGCCUGUAAAAUGUCCUGCCAUCAGAUGUUGACUCGCUAACUGGUGCUUGAUGACACACUAUUAGACUGUGGAGCCACUGAUCUCAGGGUCAUGUUGAUUUCCUUAUUAAAGGUCAUGGAUGGAUCGUAGAGGCAGUCAACUGCUGCACAUGCUGUUGUUGUUGUUGUUUUCACCGUGCACUAGCUUUAGGUUUAAUGUCCAGUAGGGGCGGAUAGGGAUUCACAUCAAGGCCAGCAAUGCAAAAAACCAAGUGUUGAUGACAGAGAGAGAGUGAGAGAAAGAGCGAGAGACAGAAAGAGGGAGAGAGAUAGAGUGGUAGAGUGAUGGCACAGAGAUGGAGAUAUUCAGGCUGGUGUUGUCUGCGUGUGAUCGUCAGGGACACAGCAUGUUGACUCAUUUUAUGAUGGAGGUCUGUCCUGUCAGGAUUGGACCGGUUUGUACUUGUUCCCUUUGGCUGCUGAGAACCAGUCCAGUAAGCCCUGACGCUUUUACGCAACAGCAGCCCCUCUUCUCUCUUUCACUUCUCUGUUUCCCCCCUUCUGUCAAUUUCCUCCUUGUCUGUUCUCUCCGGCCUUUGUGCCUUAGAGGCUUUUAGUUAUUCCACUCUUCCACUCUCCUCUUUUCUCUCCCACUUUUUCCUCCCUCUGUCUCCAUCUCCUGCGCUAGAGAUAACGAUCAUUGCUGCCGUCACACAAAAGAAUCAGAUGAACCCAGAUGCAAUGGGUUGUUUUCUGGUUAGGGCUUGUUUUUCAAGUAGAACUGUAGUGCACGCAUUUGAGACACUCAUGCGCCUCUCCUGGUUAGCAACAUGUUGAUAUGGAAAGUGUAGAAUGUGUAGUAUUGACUUAGAUAAGAAUAGGAUAGGAUUGCUUCCUUUAUUGGCUUUAGAGGAACACUGCUUACCACAGGCAUUCUUUACUGUAUGCAAACAUCACUCAGCAUUUCAGAUAGGAAUUUUCUCAAGUGAUAACUAAUAGCACUUAGCCUAGUGAGUGUAUGAAAGUGUAUUGUAAACGUUUUGUUAUCUGCUCAGGGCACAGACACAGCACUGACUGCAGUGUAUAGAUCCGGAGUUAUCAGCCUGUAUUGGUUAAAGACUCUGGGAUUGCCCAUCAUGUUGUUGCUCCCCCACAACAACAUAGCGACCUUGUUUAGCUUCCAGUACAUCCUAUAGAGUUAGAUGCUACUCAUAGUCCAACACUCUACAAACAGACUUUAUCUCUUAUCUCCAUGACUGUUCAGAUCCCAAAAUGGAGCCAUGUAGAGAUUGGUAGGUGAAUGCAGACAGUCCACCAUUUGUAUUGACCCUGCCUUUUCUGCCUGGCUCUAGCAGAGCUAACAAAGACGGUCUGUGUCCAAAUGGCAUCCUAUUCCCUAUAUUGUGCACUACUUUUGACCAGGGCCCAUAGGGACUUGGUCAAAAGUAGUACACUAUGUAGGAAAUAGAGUACCAUUUGGGAUGCAGACAGAGACAGAAACAGAAACAUGAAACAGGAACAGGUAAUGUCUCAUGUGAACUGAUAUUGGCCUAGAGAGAAAAGAGUUGGCCAAUCAUUAACCAGCCCUGGGUUGUUGUUUCUGCCUCUAGACACUGUAUUUAGUCAUGCCUGAUGGAGCAGAAUUCAGGAAGUGCUCCGAAAUUAGAACAGUGUACGGUGGCCAGGUAGAUUAGGAAGACAAACUUAUGGCUGCACCGCUAUCAGGGCCAGGUUCACUAGGCAAACAUUGUUCAACGUUGCAGAGAGAAAUGUCAUUAUUAGUGCUGACGUGAUUCCUUAUUCUACAUCAUAAACAGUAUUUCUAUCUGAAUGUUCCACAAUGUAGCGCCCCAUUGGCUUUUUAACUAGGUGACACAGAUCCUGUUUCCCAACCUGAACUUGCCUCUCCUCACAAGCUGUAAAUCUACCUCCUUCAGUACAGUGACAGCUGGAUACCCUUCUUAUUGUGUUAUAGUUAUAAGACAUAAUUAUGUGGUUUGAUUUCUGCACGUGAACGAGAUCGAGAAACUUGUUUGUGGCGGUUUGUUUUGGAACCACCACAGUAACUCUCAGUCAAACUGACUUCAGACCACUAAAACUAAUGAGGCAACUACAGUAAUUGCAGCAUUUAGGAUGUGAGCUGGUUUGGACCUACAGAUGCUGUUGAUGUUUUAGGCUCUACCUUCUGUUGACGAUUCACUAUUUUUCCCUUUCCCCCCAUGUCCUUCAUUUGAUCAAAGGCAGGUGAACUCGUUCCAUUACAUCCAAACCUGGUAAACAAAAAUAUUAGCAGAACAGACAGACAAAGGGUGACUGGGAUAUAGGUUAGUGCUUGUCUGUCUGUCUGUCUGCCUGUCUGUCUGUGACUGACUCAGUGAGGUCAUUGUUGUCAUGUGAUAGUCUGGUGACACACUGACAGUCUGGUGGUGACAGAUAGAUAGGGGAACUUUGAGGAGAGCAGAGCAAUGGAAAGCACAUCCCUGACGACACUCAAGCACAUUAUUCAGCAUAUUCCGUAUGAGUUUACUCCAUGGCAAUGCCACAGCCAACACUGCUGAUUGAAGCUGUGUGAAGUGGAGGUAGGUAGGGUCCUAGGAGAUAUUGUGGAGAAGUAGCCUUGCAUAAGACCAGUGUUUCACUCCUCUGUCUGCCAGCCUGAUAACACAGGCAUACACACACACACACACACACACACACACACACACACACACACACACACACACACACACACACACACACACACACACACACACACACACACACACACACACACACACACACCUGUUUGUUUUACUAUCCUUGUGGGGACCAAACAAUUGAUUCCCAUUCAAAAUCCUAUUUUCGUUAACCCCUGAACCUAACCCUUACCCUUAACCUAACCCAACCUUAACCCCAAACCCCUAAACCUAACCCUAAUUGAAGCCCUAACCCUAAGCCUAAAAUACAAUUUUUCCUUGUGGAGACUGGCAAAAUCUCCCCACUUCUGGUCCCCACAAAAGAUAGUAAAACCAAGCACACACACACAAACACACACACACACACACCUGUUCUUGUGUUGCCAAGUAGGCACCAGUGCCUUACUCACUCCUACUGUCAUAAUAGAGAUGUGUGUAGCUCAUUUCACUUCUCCAGGAGGACUGGAAUGUGAUUGUUAGUGUUUUGAUUCUACCGUUAACCUUUGUUCCAAUUAGUGGUCAAAGGUAAUGACGUCUGGGGAGGCCACGGCACGGGGUGAGAGAUUUCCUCCAUGGCUCUAACAAGCAGGGAACCUGUGGUGAGGGUGGAUGGAUGGACGGAUGGAGAGAUUGGUUCUGGGGAGUUCUUGGAGAACUGUGCCCAAGUUCAACAAAUAUGCCAUGAAACAUUUAUGUUCAGGAGUUGUUGGCUGGUGAAUGGCUCAGUCAGUACAUUUCUGGUGUGUUUCUAUCAGUGGUGUAUUUUGAUCUCCCUCGUUUCUCUUCUCCGACUCUGUCAUGGGAGAUUCAUUCAUGGAGAUAUGGAGGGCUGCCUUGUCAACCAGACAGAUGUUGCUUUCCCCCUUUUGUUUUGUUUUCUUUCUUUCUUUCUUUCUUUCUUUCUUUUUCUUUCUUUCUUUCUUUCUUUCUUUCUUUCUUUCUUUCUUUCUUUCUUUCUUUCUUUCUUUCUUCUUUCUUCUCUCUCUCUCUCUCUCUCUCUAUCCCUCCCUCCCUCCCUCCCUCUCUCCCUCUCCCUCCCUCCCUCCCUCCCUCCCUCCCUCCCUCCCUCCCUCCCUCCCUCCUUCUGUUUACAGUUAGGAGUUGAGUUGGGAACAGCCUGUGCUCUAACCUCAAGUAGAGGGCUAAAUAUGCAAGCUGCUCUGGACUUUCUCUCACUCUGCCAUAAAUAGUGUGGGGAAAGCAUCACCAAUAAUCCACCCACAUUACUCAUUCUCUGUCAACAACCUCCAAAAAACAUAUUUACGAUUUCCUAAUAUGAUGUCAUGCCUUACAUUUGUGGAAAAACAGGGGUUCUCUAUGGCUUUGCAUGUGUCUUCAUACACAUGUUUAUACACAAGUGAAUGCAUUGAUCUGAUUUAAGCGUGGCCUAGUCUUAUGUCCUAUCUCUUUCUUGUGUUCUCUCCUCAGCUUCCCAAUAUGUUUGGUGACCUUCGUUCCACCUUGAUCGCUCUCAUGAUUGGAUCGUAUGCAUCCUCCGCUGUCACCUUCCCUGGGAUCAAGGUAACUUACACACACACAUCUACUUAGCUAGUCUACACAUGCGUGCACACCAUGCACAUCAUUAUGCAUGCACACCAUUAUGGAGGCUAGCUAUCAAGGCUAACUGCUUUCUACUAUCAGGGCUACCUAUUUGACUCAACUUUCCUAUUCCCACAUGUCAGUGUGAAGUUCAGACAUAGAGGCUGAUGUUGUGGUUGUUGGUCCCUGUUUGCUCUCUCAUCAGGUGAUCUAUGACCUAGGAGCCACCUUCAUCACCAUCCUGCUGGUGUGGGCUGCCUGCGCUGGCCUCGUCUUUAUCAACUGCUUCUUCAACUGGCCCCUGGAGCCCUUCCCUGGACCUGAGGAUAUGGACUACACGUAAGACACUCCUAAACAUCACACUCCUUAACAUAAAAUGAGUUCGCUUUUCUCGUUUUUAUUAGUUUUACAGCAUAUUUCCAUUCCUUGUAACCUAAACAUCGCAGACAUCCCCUUAACCUAAUAUUAGUUUAGUAUUACUAGUAUUUUCUCCUUAUAUCAUUAGUUAUAUCUUUAGUUAUAACCUAAAAGACAUACAGUUCCUAAUAUUAGCCAACAAUAACAGGUUUAGGGGAUAAUACUAGGACUUGAGGUUCAUCUACUUAAACUGGAGUAGGAAUAUUAAGUCUCCUCAGUACACUACAUCCCCCAGCACACAUUCCUCUGCAGCAUGGCGAAGGCUUGAGGCCCUGGAAAAAAGGAAAGCUAAUGAGAUGAGGAGCUCAACUGGCUUUGCUCUCAUUCACCUGGAUUUAGUCUCAUCCUUUGCUCAGUUUUUCCUCCUCCCCCGCUCCCUUUCUCCCUCUCGCUCCCUCUCUCUCUUUCUCUCUCUCUCUGUCUCUCUCCCUAUCUCCAUCUCUCCCUCAGUGUGAAGAUCAAGUUCAGCUGGCUGGGCUUUGACCAUAAGAUCACUGGAAAGCAGUUCUACCGCCAGGUGACCACGGUGGGGAGACGACUCAGCGUGGGGAACAGCAUGAAGCAAAACCCCAAGGAUCUGGCCCAACAGGAGGGCAACAAGCUGUGUCUCUCCACCGUUGACCUGGAGGUCCAGUGCAAGUCCCAGGAGGAAUGUAAGUGUCUGGCCAGGCCACAUCUGUUCAUCCCAGACCAGAGAACAUGACUCGGCUCUCUGCUUUUGAUGUCUUUCAGAUGGAGAGUAGGAAAAUAAAUAAUGACUGUGCAUUUUCUGUGCACACUGUGAGUGUGAUGGGGUUCAUUCUCGAAAUGGAUUUGCCAUAAUGGUUUUCAAGCUCUGUACCUCCCCAAAUCCAUACUCCAUGAGGCCAUAAGCCAAUUUAACAGUUUCAUUGUUAUACCAUUUUGAAUAAUUUGGACACAACAAAGGACAUGUCUGCCAGAAACCUGUCUGAUGUUAAAAGACCCACAAAAACUGUACAACCACUUCACCAACACAAUAUCCUGCUUCAGCCAUGGUGUAGAAUUUAGAUAGGAGCAGACUGACAGAGAAAAAUAGAUCCAACACAACAAUACAAUGGAUCAUUGUAGCCCUGCUUUAUGGGUAAACAGAGGUAAACAGUCGACCAUAUGCUAGAUCUGGGCCUGUAUCUUGUACUGAUCUAGGAUCAGGUCCCCUCUUUUUAUUUAUUAUGAUAUAAUAUGCUAAACUGAUCCUAGAUCAGCACAAGAUACAGGCCCAGAUCUAGCAUAUGGUCGACUGUUUACCUCUAUGAUGGAUUGCUAUUCCAUAAAGCGGAUUGCUAUUCCAUACUCUACAACUCUUUGUAAAUACGGGCUCUGACUGCAUCAGUGCAAUGUUGAUGUUUCAGAAUGGGCUCACCACCAGCCAGUAUUUUGGUCCCAGCCGCCAGCUUGUCUGAGGGAGUGCUGUCAUUGGCUCUGAGGUCACCAAGGCCAUCCUCCCUCUCCCAAAUGAAAUCCUGCAAACGCACAACUGGCUGUGCACUUUGCAUUCACUAACCCAGAUCUGUACACUGCAAUUAGCCACAAACCUCCAAAACACACUUAAAUCAGCCACGUGCCCCCUCCUCGCCUCCGCUGUGCCCCCUCCGCGCCCCCUCUCCCCCUCAGGCACGACCUGAGGGUCACAAACUCCCAGCGGGGCGCCAUGUGGUUCUCUGCAGGCUCUCUUUGGUACCAAACGGACCGUGCAAUCGAUUCGGACCGCAUUCCAAGAAGUGCUGCUCGGAUUGGCGGUGGUGGGGCCGGGCCAGAGGGGCCAGAGGGCAGAUAGCAGUCAGUAAGGUCCUGGGGGGGUCAUUAUACACACAGGAUGGAUGCCCGCGGUUCUGUAACCCUGCUGGACAAGUUCCACGUAUCAGGAGGUUAUCAAGGGGCCUCUCUCUCUCUCCCCCUCUCUCUCCCUCUCUCUCCCUCUCUCUCUCUGUCUCUCUCUCUCUCGCUCCCUGUUUGCCCACUCAUCAUUCUGAUGCAUGUGAAGGUGGUAAUUUAUUUGGUUGUUAGGAGUUUUUUCCCUUUCAAAGGAGACUCACUCAAAAAUACUUUAUCCCUCUGGGGAUGGUGCCUGGGACCUCUUUUGUGGACCAGUUCUUAUAUCAACUAACCCAUUAAGAGACUGUUUUGUGUUUAAGUAAACACUGGUCAUGACGACUGUUGCCAGUGUAGGCUAGGUAUUUUGAAAAUGAUCACGGUGUGUCCUUACAAGUGUGGUCACAUAGUGUGCUAGUCAAGAAUGUAAACCCAAGGUAGGAGUGCUGAUCUAGGAUCAGAUCCCCCCCUCUUAUUCAUUAUGAUCUGCAAGACAAAACUGAUCCCAGACCCUACUCUGAGACGCUUUGUGAAUAAUAUUCUAACACAUAUUAUGGGUCCAGGACAGAGGGGAGACCCAGUGUUAUAGAUGGAGACAGACUGUUAGAACCACCUGCUCUCAUGUACCAGCCUCUAAGCCCCUUGUCCAGCCAGUAUGUCAACUAUGGGUCCAGUCUCCAGAGCAUUGGACAGAUACCUGCAGCACUGGGUAAUAAAUGCUGGACACAUCUGUGGCGUGACCAUUAAGACAUUUCCACUGCCCUGCCGCAGCUUUUACAGCUUUGAGAUCAGUAGAUGAUUAACGGACCAUGGCCCCAGUCCCCUUGCUUACAGCACAGACCCCCACAUGUUACCUUGCCAUCCAGGGACCCAUGGACUAUUUAGACUUCGAGUUUCCCUAUUUCCCUACCUCCAUGUUGUUUCUGAGGUGAAGCAGCUUGCCCUGGUAGUUUUCCAUCACAGCAUGUUGAGGAAAUGAAAGAAGGCCUAUCCUGUACAGUAUACACAGUAAAACCUCACUGCAAUCUGAUAAAAAAUAUGAAAAUCCUGUGUAUUAUCCUCCAAUAAUAAAUUGAGUUAGCCAAAUAGCUAGCAUUCUGAGAUUUAAUGCAGCAUCACUGUUUAACCUUCAGUUUUACUGGAGUGAAUGGUAAGGUACUGUGUUCUGUUGUUGUUAAUCUGUCUCUCCUCCUGUGUCUCCACAGCCCAGUCCUUCAUGAAGAGUGUCUUAAGCCCUAUCUUCAUGCUCAGCCUGAUCACCAUGUGUGUCACCCAGCUGAGACUUAUCUUCUACAUGGGAGCCAUGAACAACAUCCUCGAGUCGCUGUCCGAAAGAGACUUCAGCACAGGUGUGUGUGCGUGCGUGUGUCUUGAAAAUGUGUCUUGAACAUGGGCAUGAAAAGCUAUCAAUCCCUUGUAGUGUUGAUAUAGUAGUUUACUUUACAACUAGUCACAGAAUUGCUGAUUUGUCAUUCAAAUCUUGUAACCUCCUUUGUAAUCUCUCCAACCUGGAGUUGUUUCACACUGCCCUUAUUUCAGUCUCUGAAUUGCUUCGGCUAAUUCUUCUUGCUCUGUCUCUCUUCCUCUUCCUCUUCCUGUCACACUGACUUCUUACUGCCUCUGCAGAUGAGAAGAUGGAAGUAGGUAAGACUUCAGGCUAGAUUAGAUGAGCAUAGAGCAUCUAUUCCCCUCUCUGCCUCUGACAUUGAUUCACUUUGACUUAAGACUCUGGCUUACCUCAUGAAUCAUAACCUAAACUGCAACCCUGUCCAUUUUGCUGUAAACACCAUGCUAUUUUGAUGGAGUGUAAGCUUUGGAGGCAAUAGUCCUGGGAAAUAACAUGUCUCUGUCUCUCCUGCCAUUCACAGUAAGUGUGUACACCUCCAUUUUCGGAGUGCUGCAGCUGCUGUGUCUGAUGACCGCUCCAGUGAUCGGGUACAUCAUGGACUGGAAACUCAAAGAGUGUGAGGAUGAGAACACGAAGCCGGGCACAAGGUGAGUUUCACAUGCAUGAACGCACCCAAGCUCACACACACUCACUCAUGCGCAUGCGCAUGCACACACACAUACAAACUCCAAAAGAGAAUUCCCCUGCAUCCCAGAUACUCCCGUAGCAUCCACAAUACAUUUCUAUUUUAUCUGUAUAACCAGAGAGUAUGUGUGUAACAUAUGAUGUCCCCUCUGAUAGAGACCUUACCCAGCCCAAGCGUCGUGACAGACAGAUCCAGAAGAUCAUCAACGCCACGCGGGCCUUCAUCUUCACCAACCUGCUACUGAUGGGCUUCGGGGUCACCUGCCUCGUCCCCAGCCUCCCUCUCCAGGUAACUCAUCUCUCCAUCUCUCCUCCAUCUCUCGCUCUCUUUCCUCUCCUCUAGGAGCUUUGGAGAAGCAAACAUUUCACUGCGUGUAUCCCAGUGUUUUGUAAAGCCCUCCUAGAGGCAAAGGGAGAGAAAGAGGGCGAGGGAUUCACAUGUUAUUGCAGCUGAUCCAUUGUUUAAUUCAACAGUGUCCCCUGGUGGACAGACGUGUCAUUACAAGUUAUGCAAGUUAUUUGCAACCCAGUUUUGGGAACAUCUCUGUCAAGCCAUUAUUUAUUAAACAUGGACUCCAUUUUAGGAUGAAGGAACACGGCACUAUGCGUGCCCUGGGCCCACCAUGCGUGCCCUGGGCCUGUAGAUUCUACAACACAUCAUGUUGAACUAUUUGUUUUUCUCCUUUCUUCUCUGCUCUCAGAUUCUAUCGUUUAUUCUACACACCAUUGUGAGAGGAUUCAUCCACUCUGCGGUUGGAGGGCUGUAUGCUGCUGUGUAAGUGUCUCAGGAGUGUGUGUGUGUGUGUGUGUGUGCACCGUCCCCUCCACACAACCACCUCAUGCUGGUUGUCCUCCUUAGGUACCCGUCGUCUCAGUUUGGCAGUCUGACAGGCAUGCAGUCCCUCAUCAGCGCCCUGUUCGCCCUGCUGCAGCAGCCCCUCUUCAUGGCCAUGAUGGGCCCCCUGAAGGGAGACCCCCUAUGGGUAAGAGAGCAACGCCCUUUCACCCUUUCCAGAGUUUACACAAACUACAGCACACCUAUUGCUCAGUAAUGCUGAAGACUCACGUAUUGCUAAUGUGCUAUAAGCAUAAUGCUGCAAAGGCUACUGUAUUCGAGUGACGUGUAGCAGCCAUCUUGUUCUAAAGUAAUCUGCCCACAUAGCACACACUACUGUCCCGAUAUGAAAACAACAGAGCCGUUCCCUCCCUUCUUCUGACUGAUGAUGUCACUUCCUGUGUGUUGUUGUGUGCAGGUUAACGUGGGUCUGCUGGGGUUGACGGUGCUGGGCUUCUGCCUGCCUCUCUACCUGCUCUGCUACAGCCGCCAGCUCCAACGCAAGAAGCAGGAGCGCGAGGAGGACCCCAAGAUCUACGUCCAGAUUGACAACGGCAGCAAGCCCGAGGCCUUCGUCUAG